AUGACAAAACGAGCACCCAGCCAAGCGUCCGAGGAGCAGUCGGUGCGCGAAGUGCAGCAAGACGCCGACGAUGCAUCGGUACUUUCCGCGAGAGACGAAAUGGAAGAGAAGUGGAGGAAUGGAAUCAGGCUCAAGGUGGAUCUCCGCUUGUGUUCCAUCGCAGGUAUUCUCUGCAGCCUGAACCUCCUGGACAGCGGCGUCAUCUCCUCCGCAUCCGUAACCUCCAUGCUCUCCGACCUCGAACUCGACGUCGGCAACCGCUACUCGGUCUCAAUCUUCAUCUUCACAAUCGCUAGCAUUGCCUUCCAGCUGCCCUCGACCAUCGCCGUCCGCACGUUCGGCCCCCGGAUCUGGUUCUCGUUCAUCACCAUCUGCUUCGGCAUCAUCACGCUGUGCACCGCGUUUGUACAGACAUGGAGGCAGAUGAUUGCUUUGCGGAUCCUUCUUGGAAUCGCAAUGUCUGGCAUCUACCCAGGCCUGACGUACCUUUUGAGUGUGUGGUACACGCGCAAAGAACAACAACUCCGCUUUGCGCUCAUGCAAAGCGGCGAAGUCACCGUCCUAGCCACCGGCAGCAUCGUAAAUUACGGCCUCAACCGGCUGAAUGGCUCGUGUGGGUUGAAGGGCUGGCAGUGGAUGUUCAUCGUGCAGGGUGCCAUCACAGCAUUCCUCGGCAUCCUGGCCUACUGGUGGAUGGUCGACUUCCCAGAGACCUCACACACAUCCUUCCACUUCCUGACCGAAUCCGAGUCGCGCGUCGCCAGCUCGCGCAUCCAGCAUGACCGCGGCGACAGUCACGCCGACCCCUUUACUUGGAAGAAAGUCCUCGUCCACGCCACAGACAUCAAGAUCUACGGCUUCUGCACCCUCUACUUCCUGCAAAACCUUGUCUCCACAUCCAUGUCCUACUUCCUCCCCAUUAUCCUGCAGGGCGGCAUGGGCUUCAACACAGGCGAGUCCAUCCUGCUCAGCGCACCGCCAUACUACUACGCCGUGAUCCCUGCCAUCCUAUCCUCCUACGCGGGUGACAAACUGCAACUGCGCGGGCCCGUCAUCGCCUUCAACUGCCUGACCCUGAUUGCCGGCUUCGCGAUGCUGGGCUUCGCCGACCAGGUCACCGUGCGCCUGAUCGGCACGUAUCUCGCGACAGGAGCGUACGUGGCCAACUGGGCAGCCAUGGCGACGUAUCAAGCGAACAACGUCGUCGGGCAGUGGAAGAGGGUGUUUACCGCCGCUGCAGUCACGGCAUGCAACGGCGCGGGCGGCAUUGCAGGGAGUUUUAUUGUGCGCCAGCAGGAGAGCCCGCGCUAUCCCACCGCGGUGUGGGUGUCGAUGGGCAGCCACCUUCUGAUCAUCGGCCUCGUGGGUCUGUUCAGCGUGUACUUUUACACGGCGAACGCGCGCCAGAGCAGCGGCAAGUCGGUUCUCGAGCGCACGCACGGCUUUCGCUUCACGUAUUGA